AUGGUGCCAUCGAAUUUAACAAAGAAUGAAAAGCCGCCACCGAAUUAUUACCACUAUUUGGUGUUUCCGUUAAAACUCGUCGCUUGCUGGGAAUGGUUUGAAAAACCUGACAAGGAAUACAAAAUCAUCAUUAACUACGUCUACUUCAGUGUGAUGCUACUAGUUCAACUCAAUAUUCUGAUGUCUCUCGUGGUCCAUAUUUACUUGGAAUGGACAGGUUUCAUGACCAGCCUCGUCCUAAUGUCCGAAAGUCUCCCGAUCAUAAUCACUAUCUUCAUUGUCGCAUACUUCGCCACAUACCAGCACGAUCUAUACGAACUGGUGGAAUACGUGAACAAAAACUUCAAAUGGCACUCUGCGUCUGGCGUCACAAACAUGAACAUGCAAAAUAGUUACGAGUGCGCCAAGAAGUUUGCUUACUUCUACACGGGUUGUCUCACAUUCACUGUUACUGCAUAUACAGUCAUACCCAUUGUCAGCUAUUUGACAAACAAUGCUGCCCUACCUUGGAUGUACGAGGAACGAGCUGAGGGCAAUAUUUCUUCUUACGACAUAUAUGAUCCCACCUUCGAUGAUGAUACAUGCACCUCUAUAAAGGAUUGUGCUCGAGUUUACCAAGUGAUCAAGGAGUUUAAGGUUAUGUUUGAGAAGUUUGUUUCGCCAGUUCUCGUGGUCCGCAUUCUACAGUACACCGUGUAUCUCUGCGUUUUGUUGUACACUGCUACAGUGAAGUUCGAUUUGGCCAUGUUAGAGUACUUGUUUGCGGUGGCGUUAGACAUGUUUUUUCACUGCUACUUUGGGAACCAAAUUAUCAUACAAUCGGAUCGUGUGUCUGAGGCGGCGUACCAGAGCGCUUGGAUCACGAUGGGUGUGCGCCCGCGACGGUUGCUGUUGAACAUCCUGCUAUCCAGCCGCCGGUCUCUCAUUAUACGCGCAGGAAACUAUAUAGCCAUAGACUUGCAGGCCUUUAUAGCGAUAUUGAAAACUUCUUUCUCCUACUACACUUUGUUGGUUAAUGUAAAUGACAAAAAAGAUAAUCACUAAAUCGAA